ACUGGAGCUGGUGAGAGCUGUGUACUGUGAGAGCAAGAGCUAGCUGCUACCUGUGAGGAAAUGCCUCCAUCAGUCCUGCCCUGGGUGGUCUUCACGCUGCUAUGGCUGACUCCACCAGUUGUGAAUCCUGUUAGUAGACAAUAUGAAACUGCACCUAAAUCUGUGAUUUCUCUUGAGCCUCCAUGGACCGCUUUCUUUCAAGAAGAGACAGUGACUCUGACUUGCUAUGGAUUUGGCUUCAACUUACCCCAGAAAACAAAAUGGUAUGGGAAUAGCAAAAUAGUAGAAGAAAUCCAAGGACACACCUUCAAAGUCCGCGUGUCUGGAGUGUACCAGUGCCAAGCCGACAGCUUACAUCUCAGCAUCCCUGUGCGCUUACACUUUUCCAAAGAUCCGCUGGUGCUUCGAGGCCCACCUGCUGUGUUUGAGGGAGACUCUGUGGUUCUGAGGUGCGAUGCAAAGAAAAGUACAUCACGAAAGAUCCUGACAUUUUACAAGAAUGAUGUCCCUCUGGAAUCAUCUGGUCGAAGUUCUGAGCUCGCUAUUCAGCAUGCAGAUCAGAGGGCCAACGGUCAAUACCACUGUACUAAGGGGAAAUUUUGGUCCAAAAUUUCUUCCAAUACAGUCAGAGUCCAAGUCCAAGAAUUAUUCCCACGUCCUGUGCUGAUGGUCAGACCCUCUGAACUCAUAGAUGGAAGCCCAGUGACACUGACCUGUCAGACUCAGCUCCCUGCACAGAAGUCAAAUGUCCAGCUCCAGUUCUGUUUCUUCAGAAACCUCCAGGCUCUGGGGUCAGGCUGCCUCAGCUCCUCUGAGUUUCACAUUCCUGCCAUAUGGGCUGAAGAUGCAAUGUGGUACCAGUGCACUGCAGAAACAAUCGAUGCCCAAGUAAGCAAGCGAAGCCUGCCUAUCAAAAUUACUGUGCAGAAAGCUUUUGCAGACUUCCAAAUACACAUCGUCCCAGCCUCAAGGUUAGUGUUUGAAGGGCAGUUGCUGUUAUUCAACUGCUCAGUAAAAGGGGUCCCAGGGCCCAUCACACUUUCCUGGUACAAAAGGGACACGCUGAAUGAGGAAACAAAGAUCACUAAGUCCUCAGAGGCAGAAUUCAAGAUCUCCAGGGUAAACAGCAGUGACGCAGGGGAUUAUUACUGUGAAGCCAACAACAGUCGCCGAAGCUUUGUCAGCAAGGCAGUCGCCAUCACCAUAAAAGUUCCAGUGGCCCGCCCUGUCCUCACACUCAGGGUCCCUGGGGCCCAGACUGUGGUGGGUGACAUGCUAGAGCUUCACUGUGAGGCUCUGGGAGGCUCUCCUCCAAUCCUGUAUCACUUUUAUUACCAAAAUGUCACACUGGGGAGCAGCUCAGCCCUUUCUGGAGGAAGAGGGUCCCUCAACUUUUCUGUGACUGCAGAACAUUCUGGAAACUUCUUCUGUGAGGCUGACAAUGGCCAGGGGCCCCAGCGCAGUGAUACUCUGACUCUGGCUCUGAGUGUUAUAGACACAACCAAGAACAGAAGAGUUCCUGUGGCUGCUGGAGUCGCUGGGGGACUGCUCGCUGUGGCUGGCACGGCUGCUGGUGUGCUGCUUUAUUGCUGGUUCUCUAGAAGAGCAGGGGGAAAGUCUGCCUCUGGUGACUCCAGGAACCCUUCGUAUUCCGAAUCCCAGGAGCCCACCUAUUACAAUGUACCAGCCUGUAUAGAACUGCAGCCAGUAUACGGCAAUGGUGAGGACAAGGGCUCUCCAGUCUCUGGUUUGGCAGAAAUCACAGGAUACAUAUUAGAACAGGGUCAGGAAGAUGCUGAAAUAGGGGAGUUGUUGGGGACCCAGGAAGGCUGGAAUGGUGGUCACAGCCAGGAAGGACAAAAGGAACUCAGGCUGGAAGAUAGUUGUUUUGCUUGCACUUACUGCCCAAGUUCAGAAGGACCACCUGGGGCUCGUGAUGUGCAGGCUUCUUUGGAGCAGUCUAGGACACAAGUUCCAAGGAACAUCUGGGGCUGA